CCCAUGUAUUUCUUAUGGAAUCAGCUGAGACUUUCAUAGCCCUGGUUCAUGUUUCAAGUCAAACCUUGUUGUGAUUAGUUAUAAAUUGACGAGACUGAGGAAUACGAUAAGAUUAAAAGUGACACGAUGUAAGCUCACAGCCUUGCUGCCAAACUAUCACUGCCCUUAGAUUGGAGUAAAAGAAAUAAAUAACGAACAUUGUAGGAAUUUGAAAAUGUUUACAACAAUAAGGUAUCUUAGAUGUCUGCCUUCUUCAAACCUUCGCUGCCACUUUUCGUCCUUAAAAAAAAUUUGGGGUAGAAGAAAAAUUGACAAUGGGAAAUUCAGCAUUGUUGAACCUGGCAACAUAUCGGAUCCACAACCAGUUCCGGAUUAUAUUGCGAAACCUAGUUAUCAUUUGACUGGAGAGCCAAUAGAGCGUAUUGAAAUACCAGAAGUAAAAAAUUCUGUACAAAUUGUGAAAAUGAGGGAAAGCUGUAAAUUAGCUGCUAACGUUCUCAGGGAGGUAGAGAAUUAUAUAAAGGUUGGCAUCACAACAGACGAUGUCGAUGAGUUUGUUCAUAAUCUAAUCAUUAGGCAAAAUGCUUACCCAUCACCUUUAAAUUAUAAGCUUUUUCCGAAGUCUGUGUGUACUUCCGUUAAUAAUGUAGCGUGUCAUGGCAUUCCGGACGACAGAAUGCUGGAGGAUGGCGACAUUAUUAAUGUGGAUAUUACGGUCUACUACAAAGGUUACCACGGCGACUGCUCAAAAACUUUUUUAAUCGGAAAUGUAGAUGAUCUGGGGAAAGAACUUGUAGCAGCAACGGAAAUUUGUCUUAAUGAUGCGAUUUCAAUCUGUAAACCUGGCCGUAAAUUUAACGCAAUUGGAGAUGCCAUCUCUCAAAAAGCCAAAAGUUUGGGUUUUACUGUAGUUCCAGCUUUUAUAGGGCAUGGAAUUGGACACUAUUUCCAUGGACCUCCCGACAUUUUUCAUAUUCCCAACGACUGUCCUGGUGAAAUGAAAGCUGGGAUGACAUUUACCAUAGAACCGGUUCUUUCAUGUGGAGGGAAAGAAAUUGUGGUCCUUGAAGACGGAUGGACUGCGAUAACACUUGAUUCUGCCAGAACUGCACAAUUUGAACAUACUGUUUUGAUUACUAACGCAGGUGUUGAGGUGUUAACAGAAUCACAGAAGUGAUUAAAUGAAAUAAAAUAUUAAACACUUCAAUAGAAA